AUGUUCUGGUAUCGCGAUCACAUCUUUGCCAUCAGUCGAAAGCCGGGGAAGCAGCAGAAAACUGCGGAUGACCUGACGCUGGAACUUGCAAAGAAGCACCAUUGCUCCUUCAUUGAGCUGGACAAGGUGAAGUUGAAGUACGAUAGCUUCGACCUCGACAAGUCAGGACUGAUUGAGUACAAGGAGUUCGAGGCCAUGAUGUUUAAGCUGCUCAACUGCUCCAGCAAGUCUGACUUGCCGACGAAUCGUAUGUUGCGGUUCUGGCAGGAGGUCGACAAAGAUGGCAGUGGCAGCGUGGACUUUUGCGAGUUUACGGACUGGUACUUCAAGUACUUCGCCAGCGCUCAG